AUGGUUUGGACUCAGACAGCGCCAUCCACAUGAGUGAGGAAACGAGAAAGGCAACGAUGGCUCUCCCUCAUGCGAUCUUUUGGUCUGUUUUCAUGAACGGGAUGCUCGCCUUCAUCACAUGGUCUUUGUCUUGCUCAUUCGUAUGGGCAACAUAGAAGACUCCCUCGCCUCGAUUAGUCCUUUGCUAACCAUUCUGUACAAUGCCAUGGGCUCCAUAGGAAGAAAUACCGUCAUGAGCGUCGGUAUUUGGUUGUGGGGAUUUAUUUGCAAUUUCGCCAGCAUCGACACCGUGUGAAGUCUUAACGGUCGUGGGCCAAAGAUAGAGGAUUGCCAAAAUAUUUCGC